UUUUUCCGUGCGAGUAACUGCUGAACCCGCCGUAACGGCGCUGCGAGCGCAAAACUUGUUUUUCACCCUCACCGCUUCCCUUGCCACCACAUGCCUGUUGCGUCUCCCGCCAAAACCGAAGAGCGCGGCGACGAGUCGUGCCGUCUUGGCAGCCGUUCGGUGUUUCAAACAGCCACUUCAUAACGGAUUUGGCCUUUUAUCUAACUGCAUUUUAUGAAACUACUAACGUCGUCAACAGCGGGUGAAUCGGUGCUGCAAAGGUGCGUCAAAAUAGUUUUCUGCACGCUUGACUUGCAACAAUGUACGUGUCUAAUCUUCAAAACGAGUUCUACUUAGAGGUGAUCAAGAGCCGAGUUUUGGUUAUUAUUGCUGCGGAUGUGGAUGCUGUAGCGGCGUGCCGCAUUUUGCAGCAGUUGUUUCACUCCGACAAUGCGCUCUACACGCUUGUGCCGGUGUCGAAGAAAACGGCCGUGGCAGCAGCAUACCGCGACCACGGUGAAGGAAUUAAGAACGUCAUCUUACUGAAUUGCGGUGCGACGUGGGACGUAAUCGAAGAGUGCAAGCCUGAAGACGACGACGUGGUUUUCUACAUAGCCGAUAGCAAUCGACCAGUGCACAUUCACAACGUCUACAACACAAGUCAAGUCCGCCUGCUAAUGCCGUCUUUGCCCGAGGAAGGUGUGCCCGCCUACGAUGAUCUUUUCAAAGAGGACGAAGAUGAAGACGAGGAUGACAUGUCAAUAGAAGAAGUCGUCGACCGACGGAGAGAGCGACGUGAGUGGGAGGAACGUCGCAAACAGCUUCUGUUUGAGUACACCGAGUUCAGCUACCACGGUAAAGCAACCGCUGUUACCAUGUUCGAAAUGAGUUUCAAGAUGACUCGAGACACGCCAGAAAUUCUCUGGUGGGCGAUCAUCGGGCAGUCAGAGCAGUACAUCUCCGGAAAAAUUGAACACAAUCGGUAUGUUCUAGAGGCUGGGGACCUCCAGGCGCAUGUUUCCCGUCAGAUCCAAAGAAGAACUGCCGCACUAGAUCCCUUGGCAGUCCAAAUAUCGUUUGACCAGGAGCUACAUCUUCCUCUGUACACGCAUUGGUCCCUCAUGGAGAGCUUGCGAAACACCCCAAAUAUUUUCUGCAAAUUUAAGUUGUGGACUCAAAAAGGCUACCGCAAACUACAGGAGUUUCUUGCAGAACUUGGCUUACCACUUCUACAGUGUAAGCAGCAGUAUGCUUCAAUGGACAUCAACCUAAGGAACAAUGUGAAAGAGUGGAUGUGCGAUAUGGCUGAGAAGUAUGGGCUUGAGAACCUACUUUUCGCUUGCUUCACUGGCAAAUGUGGCUAUCGGGACCACUUCUUUGCCUCUGAUGCUGCAUAUGGGCUUAUGGCUCUGCUUGAGUCGCCUGUAGAUGAUGUGACAACCAACUUCUUUAACACACUAGAUGCACUUUCAUGGUCGAACACAGAGCUGCUGCGUAAUGGCAUCCAGCUGGCAAAAGACCGCUUGAUAGCCACCACGCAACAGGUACACUCUUUCAUGGAUCUUGGCAGUAUCAUUUGUGCUGGGCCCUUUCUGUAUGGCACUGUGCAGGAGGGCGCCCAACACAGUCGGCUCUUUGGAUGGCCAAGUGGGCUCUUUCAAUUGGCCCGGUGUGCAUUGCAGGCAUAUGUGGCCAACACCAAGAGCCGUCGCUUUGCCAGCCUUCCCCUUGUACUAGCAGCUGACUAUUCAAGUGACCCUGCUUACACUCUAGUUGUUGGCAUCCCACCACUGUCUGAAGACUCGCCGAAGAACUUUUUUGGUCGUGCGUUUGAGCGAGCUAGCACAAUGACUCAUUGUACAUAUCAUGCUGACUUUUUUUUUUCGCCGGCUGUUUUAGUUUACAAACAGGAUCGGGGCAAGUUUCUAGAUGCUCUUGUGUCAUUGUUGGUAUGAUUCAUUACGAGGCUGCCUUCGGUUGCAGCUGCCAUGCCACUGUAGUUUGUGGGCUGUAUAUAAUGUAAGAUACCUUGUUUUCUGUUUGCAAUUCUUUUAAUGGACAAUGCAAGCACAAUUAUAACACUAGUCGGAGCAGAUAAUUCUGCCGUGUUUUUAAUACUAUUUAUUCAAUGUAUAUUUAUAAGGGCUGCCUGCAUGUUUUUACAAAAACGUCAUUCACCGUAAUUUUUUUCGGUGUAGUGUACUAUUGUACAGAAGUUGCGAUCGUCAUGGAACCUGUCAUCUGACUGUUGAUGAAUAAUUGCCAUUUGAUGAUAUUAUUCAUGACAAAUAUAGAUUGACUUGCAAUGUCAGUGAUAAACAACUCUUAUUGUUAUGGGUCUGAUAUGCUGUAUCAUUGAAUGAACUUGCAUCUAUGUGUAAAUGUACUAAUCAGCAAUUGUGUAAUGUAUAAUGGUGCAGUUCUGUAUGUUGUAUUGGACAUUGUUGGCUUUUGUUGUAACAAGUACUAUAGAUCACCCUGCCUGUAAGGUACUACUGCAAAUGCAAUAUUCCAAAACUGGUCUUGUAUUCUGCCAUUGCUAGUAACAGUAAGUGUAGACUACUAGAGUAGAGUUUUUGUACAUGUGGCAUGCCUUCUCUGAAGGAAGCCUUUCCUUAGCUCAUUUUGUCUUUAUUAUAAUGUGAUCAGAAAACUUUACAAAAAAUUCUGAAUGAAUUGGAAAAAUUAUCUGGGUUGUUGCAGCAGGCCAAGGAAGUUUUUGUGUGUGGCGCAGUGGUACCCGAGUGUGAACCGAGGUGCUCGAGUUUUUGUUUGUUACAACCAUAUGAAGCAAACAGACAAUGAAGCCAGAAAAAGCAUACGGAAUAUUAACUGCUAUUGAUUGAAAAUUUCAAAAUAAUAAAGAAAAGGGAGAUGAAAGUGGUUGAAAAAACUUGUCGGUAGGAGCUGAACCCACAUCUCCUGCAUUACACGUGCGGUGCUUUGUCAUUAAGCUGCCGUGGUGACUGUCCUUCCAUCAACUUGGGUAUUUGUGUAUGUGGACAAGAUUAGCACUGGGGGUGUUAGCCAUUGCCACUGACAGCCAUGGUGAUAGAUUUGGGGCAACUUAUCAACUACAGAUUAGAAGCCGGGUGUUCUACCUCUGCUCCACGCCACCACCUCCACCAAACACAAGAGACAGGAAGAGAGCGGUGUGGAUCAGCGAACAAACGGA